AUGAAUGAUACACAUCAUUCCAUAAGUUUUUCAUUGAUAAGUGGAGAACUAUGUAAUUUACUUUAUUUAAAAGAAUAUAAUAAAGAAGUUGUAAAUAAACUUAUAGACGACCUGAAUGCAAAACCUUAUAAAGCAGAGAUUUUUGUGAGAAAACAUGAUGCUGCGACUGUAAUAACAGCGCUUUGCUUAAAUGUGAAGCCAGUCGAUGAAUUUUUAGCUGCCAAAACAUCUCAUUUAAUAAAUAGUUUAAUAACAAAACAAAAUCUAGAAUUUGAAGCUGAUUAUCUCUGGAAAGUGAUGUCCUGGCAUAUAGAGUGCUUGAGACAUUGCACUGACAUUGUGUUGCCGGAUAUCCUUCAUAGUUUGCAAUGUAUCAUAGAACUCAAUCCUCAAGCAACUCAUAAGUUCACUGAAGACCUGAUUGGCUUCCAAGGAGUUUUGAUCAGAUUCAUAGACCUCUCCAGACAUGUUCCAAAAUCUCAAGAUAGUUUACAAAUACAUUUAAUGGCUCUGAAAUGUAUCUCAAGUGUUUUGAGUACUGUAGAUGAUAUAUACAAAACUGAGACUGAAAAAAAUAUAUCUUUGAAAAUAAAAGAACAAAUAUCAUCUAUGGUUGUUAAGUUUUUAAUGGCUGGAUAUUCUAAGACGCAAGAUGAAUACUUAUAUUGUAAGAUACUAAUAGUAGCCUUAAGAGUAUUAUCUCAGAUAUACUUCAAUGCACCAAAUAUAAGUAUACAGCUGCCAGAGGUGAUGGGAAUCUGUAGGUACUGCAUAAUCUACGGGCUGGUAGUUCAAAACAACCGGCCUGAGAAGAUCAUGCCUGCUCAGCAGACCAUUGCCAUGGCACCUGUCGUGCCUAAACCUAAUUCUAAAGGUGGAAAGAAACAAAAAAUAAGGAAGCAAAGAAACAAUGCAAUAGAAAGUUUGAAGAAAGAGAUUCCAGUAUCGGACCGCAGUCUUAUGAAGGAUGUUGACAACUUUGAAAAUAAUUCAGCAUACAAGCCUGCCACCCUGCUUUAUUUGGAGCCACAGAAAGCAAAGACUUACUGGGCACUGACCAGUGACUCUGAAAUGUCAGAUGUUGAGAAUAGUAAAGAAGUUAAACUGAUUGCCUUGAAGUCUAGAGUGAGACAGAGUGCUUCUAAUCUCCUAUUGGUUUUGGUUAAAGUAACAGAAAAACGAGAAAUAUUUGGUUACUGGUGGGCCCUACUACCUGACUCUCCGGAUGCUGCUAACUGGUCUGCAGGGGAAGCCGCUAAGAAGACGUUAGCAUACUGCGCCGUCACUGACCCCAUUGCCAAUAGUCGAGCGAGUAUACUCAGUGUUAUUUUGGCCCUCCUUUCUCGAUCUAGAGUGUAUUUGUUUCAAGCUGAAACUAGCAAAAAAGGAAGUUCAUCCUUCAUUCCGUUUUCUGAGUCUCUGGGCUAUAUGAUAGUUUGUUUGCACAAGGUUCUAACCACUAUCUUAGAGAAUGAAAGAAAUCGCGCCGCGACCAUUGUCGCUCUGAAGUGCUGUGCAGCCCUUGUGCAGGCGACACCCUACCAUAAAAUGAAGGAAGGCCUUAUUACCCAGCUUGUUUUGGCUACGAGGAAAUUUUUAGUGCAUAAAGAUACAACUUUACAAGUAGGUGCCUUAAUAACAAUGGGCUGUGUUCUAUCCGUGGAUCCAAAAGUCGAUGAAGUAUUAAAAGCAAUAGGGAAAGAUACAGUGCCUUCUAAAAUAUCUACUUCAAUGAGUUCUACUAAAAUUACAUUUACUCCGCAUAAAGUUGAUGCAGAAGAAUGUGAUGACUUUGAAGAAGGGUAUUCCGAUGAUGAAAUGUUUACUGCUGAGCCAGUUAUUGAGAGUGGGGAUGAUGUAGAAGGGCAUUACUUUAGAAGUUGGAUACUCGAUAUUUGCUGCAAGAAUAUGGGCUGGGUGGUUAGAGGGAAAGAUAAUGUGAGAAUCAAACCGUCACUCAUCCCCGUGAUACUGGAGUCGUUACAAGUGCUAUCAGCGGCAGCGUUCCACUAUUUAGAAGAACUACUGGACAGACACAUCACGCUGCUUGGCGACAUCCUCAGCGACCUGCUGCAGCAUGAGCACCAGGACGUGGUGGUACAGACUGCUAAAGCUAUCAGUAUUAUCGGGGAUGGAAUACAGAAACUAGAACUAGCUAACAAGCCACCUCCUCUAAGUCAUUGUGUCUACAUGUGGGAGAAGCUAGUGACACCGCUAUCUACAGUACUUCAGUGCCACGACAUGAGCCCGGCUAAAGCAGUAGUAUGCGACUGUAUCGCCAAUAUUGGGGAGAGAACCUUCAAAGAGUUACCUCAUCACCUUCAAGUGUUAUGCUGCACGCUUCUGAUUGGUUCGUGCAGUGACGAGGAGCCGACGGUUCGCGCGGCCGCCGUGCGAGCGUUGGCCAUGCUCGUCAUGUACAGAACUCUUCGAGAAGACAUUUGCUUCGUGAGUGACUGCGGUGAGAAUGUACUGCGUGCACUGGCGGAGCCGACCAUGGUUGUAAGGAUCAAGGGAGCUUGGGCGCUGGGUAAUCUUUGCGAUGCUCUCGUUUUAAACUUGGAGGAUCCGGAAUGUGACGACAUAGACGACAACCUCCUUAUUCGCCUACUCGACGCCAGCAUACAAUGCGCAACGGACAACGAUAAGAUAAAAAUGAGUGCGACACGUGGCCUUGGAAAUCUACUGCGUUUGGUAAAUAACGAGAAUCUAGUCAGGAAUACGAGAUUAAAGACCCUAUGUGAGACAGCAAUAGGGAAGCUAAUGGAUUGCGCGUGUAAAGUGAACAAUAUGAAGGUGCGAUGGAACGCGUGCUACGCUAUAGGGAAUGCUAUGAAGAACGAACAGCUGUUCACUUGUUUCAGCGGGUGGCAGAACCAAGUAUUCUCCAGUCUAUGUUCUUUGACGAAGGAGUGUAAGAACCUAAAAGUGCGUAUAAACGCUGCGGCGGCACUACGCGCACCGAGUGCGCGUGCGCACUACGCCGACCACUACGCACUCAUGUGGCGGGACGUAUUAGCUGCCAUGGAGAACGCCGCUGACGUAGAUGACUUCAAUGAAUACAAACACAAAGAUAAUUUAAUUGAACAGUUAUGCGUAACUCUAGCCCACCUAUGCUGCCUACUAACACAAGCUGACUUGGCAGACAUAUUGGAUCCUCUAGUUUUCCACUACGACAGCGCUAAGGCCACGUUUACACAAGCCUGUCAUAAGCUACCUCCAGACAACGCAUCCUGUUUGAAAAUACUUCAAGCGGCGAAGUACGUAACUGUUGACCUAACUGCCUCUAAUGACACUCAGCAACCCUUAAGUAUGUUACAGAACAUUUUUAUAUGGGACAUGUAA